UUUUGAAAAUUGGAGUACAAAUCAGAACUAAUAUAAAAGUGCCGGCGUUACGAACCCUAAUCCAUUUCCGCCGCCACGAAGAACAACACAGUUACACCAUGAACACCGCCAGAAGCCGUUCGACCCCAUUCUAACCCGCCCGUUCCGUCCGGUAAAUCGCCGCCACGGUGCACCAUUUUACGAAGCCACUUACGAGCAGCGAGAUAUCGUCUUCAAUGGAUUCCCGUACAUCACCAUCUCCAUGGAACUGGAUCAUCGAGACGCUAGCACGCUCGAAGCAAAUAGAUUUAUCUCUAUUGCUAGGUUUGUUUAAAAUGGCGCCAAACAUAAAUGACAAUUUUGGUAGAAAUGCAAGAGAAAUGCUGUCCUUGAGAGUUUUGGAGAGUUUCUCCGAUCUAGCGAAUCCCGUAUCUUCUCCCUCGAGUCAAAAGAUUGGAUUGGAUCCAUCCGACUGCUGCGAAGAUGUCCUUCGACGGAUACUGAGUGAGAGAUCUUCACCACAUCUGAAACCUACUGGAUUGGAGAUGUCGAAGUGGGAUCUUCAGCCGUUUGUAGAUCAUAAAAGAUCGAAUUUGCCUAAAACUGCUCUCGAACGGUUGAAAGACACAAUUCUCUCAGAAAAUAUUGGUCGUUUUUCAUCUUUGCGCGAGCGAAGUGGUUUGACAGUUCGGCAUCCCGUGGAUGAUAAUGAUGAUGGUCACUUAUUGCCCGAUGAAAACGUGGUACCAGUUAGCAGGAAGAGAAAAGUCACUAGCAAAACCCGUGUAAAAUCUUUCAAGAAGCAAAACUGUGACGUCAUUUGUAAUGAAUUAUGUGUACAAUUAGCAGACGUUACAGUAUCCGUACAGCAAAGUGAAGGAAAAGGGUGCAGUUUGGAAAUGGGGUUAACUGGACCAGUUGAGAGUAACGACUCUGCUGCAUCGAAGGGGCUUGUUGGUAUUGAUGAAGUUUUGCCUCGUGAAAAGCAAGUGCUUCACUGUGAUACUGAACUAAAUAACAAAUCUGACGAGGAGCAGGAGCGAAACCGUAGCAUUGAGGAACCGAAAGAGUGUGACAAGGAAGUUUUUGAUUCCGUAAAACAAACUAAUGAAGUCGUGGACGGAAAUAUUCUUCCAGAAAAUAUCAUGAAUGUUCGUGAAGUCGAAGAAAAGAACCCUUCUUGCUUUCCUCAGAGUGCUAACAGCCAAGAAAUCUCGGCAACAACUAAAAGACGCAACGAAGAAGAGAGGUGCAGCUUAGGGGAAAAAACUCAUGAAGAGGUUACGGGGCAAAAGGGACCUUCGGGAGAUUAUACUAACAAGUCUACUUCUUCAUCGAAGGGUCAUAUGGUCAAUGAUGAAGUUUUGCCUCGUGAAAAGCAGGCUCGGGAUUCUGGCACUGUAGCUCCAAACGACGAGCUUGAUGGGGAAAAGAGGCAAGAUCGUGCGGCUGAGGAUGCAGAAGGUGGUGGGAAAGAUUUACAUGGGUCCAUAACAUCUGACAAGGACAUGGAUAAACUUGAGCCAAAUUCUCGCGAAAAUGUCUCAACUGUCGGUGAAGCUGAACAAUGCAAUGAUGUUGUUCCUAGUGAUAGUGAUGGCUUUGAUGACGAGAUGACUGAUAUUGAUACACAGAAAAAAACAUUUCUGAGUUCUCAGUGUACGCACAGUCAAGAUUCUUUGGCUACACCUGACUCGACAGAGCUAAAUCACUGUGAGAAAUGUAAAAAGGAUGGAAAAUUACUGUCUUGUAGUUCCUGCUCUGUAAUGAUUCACGAGAGCUGUUUGGGUUCAGAUCAAAUCUAUGACCCGAAGGGGAUAUUUUACUGCCCAUUUUGUACAUCUUCUCGCGCAAUCUCGGUGUAUGUGGAAGUUAAGAAAAAGGCCUCCUCGGCAAGAAAGGACUUGGGAAAUUUUAUCUGCUCAAUUACUCGACAAGAAUCAAAUACGCAAUCUCGUGGAUUAGGUAAGGGAAAGGAAAAUCAUUUGGAACAGGAAGACGGAUUGCCUUCAGAAUUACCGUCCAGUCACAGUCCCCCUUUUGGAGGAAAAAAUGUAGAUUCGACCAAUAAAGUAGCCGUCGAGUUGAAUGUAGUGACGAGGCAGAACUCCAAAUCUCCAAGAGUUGACGGGCAUAACCAGAUAGUUGCACUUGCAGUUCGCAAGUCUCGUAUUUCCUGCCAUAUUUCAGAGACAGCUGGCAGGAGUGAAAGGCAUGGUGGUGGUACCAGAUCCGAAAAUGGGGGGGUCUUGCGUGCACAGGAGAAAGAUCUACCAGGUCGAAGCAGACGCUCACAAAUCUCUCUAUCUGCUGACAUGGACGAAAUAUCUGAAGAAUCAGACGAAAACUCCGGCACUUCUAAGUACUUCAUAAGAGUUCGAAAGCCUAACAGGAAAUCCUCAUAUCCAGCAAUUCCUCGAGUGAGGCGGAAGAGACUCCCGUGGACAAAAGAAGAGGAGAACGCAUUGAAGAAGUGGAUGCGGGAACUCUACGACCCUGAGGAGGAUAAAAGUCUUCCGUAUAAGAAAAUAUUGGAAGCUGGUGCUGGUGUUUUCGAUCCAAGCCGUACGACGACAGACCUUAAAGAUAAAUGGAGGAAUAUAUGCAAAGCAAAUGCAAACUCCGACUGAAGUUCGGUUAAUAUGGAGCUCGUAAUUUUUGUGUAAUUUUUGUGACAGUUGAAGUCAGCCCUGGAGACGACAUAAGUAUAUAUCUUAGUUGUUUUGUAUGUAAUUAUGACUGUAUGUAGUUCACUUUCUGUUAGGAUUUGCCACAUAAGUAUAUAUAUCUUAGUUGUUUUGUAUGUAAUUAUAUGACUGUAUGUAGCUCAGUUUCUGUUAGGUUUUGCUUUUGGCCUUUUGGUGAUGCUUAUGAUAUAUCUUACGUUUGUUUA